AUGGAUCCGGAUCCAGCUUUUAGCGACAUGGCGGACGGGCUGAUCAGCUCGCAGCCCAUGUCCGACCAGCUAGAUUCCCACUCUACACCUUCAACUCACGACUCCGUCUCCUCCUUUACCAGCACCCCUGCUCGCUCCCUCGGCGCCUCCAAGAAAACCGUCACCCCGAUUCCCGCAAACCUACUACCCUCAGCUCCCGCUUCUCCCCCGACCCCCGCGCCGAGCCCUACUCCCCACCAGCGUCCACCGAACUGGCAAUCUAGCGAUGAUGAGGAGAACACGUUUCUGUUGAACCUCCGCAUCCACUUUAGCACCUUGUCCAACUCCCGCAAGCAGAAGCUCCUCGAGAGCAUCUUGGAUGUAUGCGAUAGCCAGCAGCUGAGCUUUGUCUCGAGCUACGUUGGCCCAAGGUUACGAAAGGAUCCAUUCCAGGUGUUUCCGAAUGAGCUGUGCUUGAGAGUCCUAUCAUUUAUCGACGACCCAAAGACACUGGCCCGAGCAUCGCAAGUAUCCCGGCGCUGGCGCGAACUGCUCAACGACGAUAUCACUUGGAAGAACCUCUGCGAGAAACAUGCAUACUCGGUGCGCCGCAUUUUGGGAGAGGAUGACCCGGACUCCUUCACCGCUCGUUCUGUCGAAUCGACCUCGGACUCGCGCGCUAUGGCCAGUCUGCGGCGGUUAACGGCAUCAACCGACCACUCUGCAGUUGAAAGUGCCCCUGAAUUACCCCGCACAUUGUCAGGCGAGUGGCUACCACCGACCAGUUUCCCAUCAAGACGGCGCCGAACCCGACCUGUUUCGUACCGAUCACAGUUCAAGCAGAAAUACAUGGUUGAAUCAGCGUGGAAUAAGGGUGGUAGGUGCACACAACGGCAUAUCACCCCUGACCAGGGCGUGGUCACCAGCCUGCACCUCACCUCGAAAUAUAUCGUCGUCGCCCUGGACAACGCCAAGAUUCACGUCUACGAUACUAAUGGGGACAACCAAAAAACGCUCCAAGGGCACGUGAUGGGGGUCUGGGCCAUGGUUCCUUGGGAUGACAUUUUGGUCAGCGGAGGAUGUGAUCGAGAGGUGCGAGUGUGGAAUAUGGCAACUGGGGCAGGAAUACACUUGUUGCGUGGCCACACGUCAACAGUACGAUGUCUCAAAAUGUCCGACCGGAAUACAGCCAUCUCGGGCUCUAGAGACACCACCCUACGUAUAUGGGAUCUCGCCACAGGGACGUGUCGCAAUGUCCUCGUUGGGCACCAGGCCAGUGUGCGCUGCCUGGCGAUUCAUGGCGAUCUUGUGGUAUCCGGCAGCUAUGAUACGACGGCGCGGAUAUGGAGCAUAUCCCAAGGCCGUUGUAUACGGACGCUAUCCGGCCAUUUCAGCCAGAUCUACGCGAUCGCCUUCGAUGGACGGCGUAUCGCAACGGGAAGUUUGGACACAAGCGUCCGGAUCUGGGACCCACAUUCCGGACAGUGCCACGCUAUUCUGCAAGGGCACACGUCCUUGGUUGGACAAUUGCAGAUGCGUGGUGAUACGCUGGUUACCGGUGGCUCGGAUGGCUCUGUCCGAGUUUGGUCAUUGACCAAGAUGGCCCCGAUCCACCGGCUGGCGGCUCAUGAUAAUAGCGUGACUAGUCUUCAGUUUGAUAAUACUAGGAUUGUCAGUGGUGGUAGUGAUGGUCGAGUCAAGGUGUGGAGCUUGCAAACCGGUCAGCUGCUGCGCGAAUUGUCAAGUCCUGCAGAGGCGGUUUGGAGGGUCGCCUUUGAGGAGGAGAAAGCUGUCAUUAUGGCGAGUCGUUCUGGCCGAACCGUCAUGGAGGUCUGGUCUUUCUCCCCACCACCAGAUGAUGCCGACGACGCCGUGGCUAUCGAGAGUGCCUCCAGUACACCAGGCAUUGGCUCGGCAGACGACAGUGAGCUCACCGUCAGCGCUCGCCGCCGCACUCUAUUCUCCGACCCUCCUCCUACGAUACCUUCUGUCAGCGACGGUGACCAGCCCAUGCCCGACGCGUCAUCUUGA